AUGGUCACAGUCCACAAGCUGCGGCUCACUCAGACAUACGAGCUCCCCUGUUGCCAAAUAAUGAGCUCCUUCCAAAACUGCGUCGCACUAAAUGACCAGCACCACCCCAAGAACCCUUAUUUCACCGUCAUGACUCACAACCCAAAACAAGAACCCUGGUGGCGCUUGGCUCGGCGCAAGUUCGCCUUGAAGACGCCGAAGCUGGAGAAGUGGCGCAAAAAUCUGGGUUAA